AUGAACAUACUCGACAAAUACCGAACCGUCAGUGCAACUCCUCUUCCUACCGUCUUACUGUACUUCGAUACAGCCGAUGAUAUACUCAAUACCAACUCGCAGAGAGCUUAUGAUGCUUGCUUCAAACUAGAACGCGAAGUUACAAGCGAGGAGCAAGUCAAAUACGCAAGAGUGCUCGGAUACUUGAUCCUUCAUCCUCCCUCUUCUUACGCUCUUACGGAAAUCGUAAAAGAAAUCAACUCCUGCAAGGGAGAACAAGAUACCCUGCUCAAACUCGGAAGGUUUUUUGUUGACAGUUAUAUUAGGGGCUUCAAAAAAUACAAAAAGAAAACAUCAGAUUUAUCGAAACAUCCCAGUCGGCCUUCAUUCGAUGAAGACAAAGAGGCUCUGAUGGCCGUGAUGGAGGAGGCACCCACAGACAGCAGCCUCGCAAAGAAGCAAGCUCUUAUCCGAGAUGGUUACCGGUGUGUGGUAACUGGAAAGUAUAACCAAAUUAUACCGGCAACCUUCGACGUCAACGAAGAGGAAGUGAUGCGAGUUGGCACAGGCUGGACAGAAUGCGCGCACAUUGUACCAGACUCGACAUAUACAUAUACCAAGAUAUCUGAUGAAGAGUGCCUGACCUCUAUCGCGAAGAGAGGCACUUCUGCCUCGCUGCUCUCUCUUGAAGCGUUUCGGUUACGACGUCGAGAAUAUCAAUGGCAACAAAGUACAUUCGUUGCAUAA